AUGAGCGCAGCCGCACAGGGCUGGGCACCGACACCUCCUUCCCGGCCCUUCGGCCCCGCCCAGCAGCGCAGCUGGGCCAGGGACCGGCUGCCGCGCCCUCACACCCACAGAACGCGUCCCGCGGUGCCACCCUGCGCGGACGAGCAGUCCGCCAAAACACCCAGCCCCCGGAAAGUAAUCUCCAGAACAACCGAGCAGCACCCCUCCGCCCAGAGCCCGGCAGCCCCGCUCCGCACGCGGGGUCCGGACCCGCCGCGCGCCCCACGGACCCGCCCCCGCGGAGCCGCGGCGCGCGCUCAUUGCGCGGGUCGGGGCGCGGGACGGGGCGCGGGACGGGGCGCGCGCCGCCGCAGCCGGUUGCCACGGACGCCGGCGGGCGGGAUGGCGGCGGCCGCUCCCGCCGCGCUGCUGUUCCGCACCUACGAGGACUACCUGGAGUCGCAGGUGACGGCGCGGGACUUGCAGUACCUGGAGAGCAAGGCAGUGGCGCGGCAGCUGGUGGAGUUGGGCUUCCGCGGCUCCGGGGACGUGAUGCAGCGGGAGGAGUUCGAGGCUCGGGCGGCUGCGGGGCAGGAGGCGGCGGCGGCCCCCCAGAAGUCACUAGCAAGUGUAGACAAGGAACUGAAAGAUAAUUUCUUGCGGGCCCUGGCUGAGAGAGAGGAAGCCAAUCGUACUGGAAAAAUUUCUUCUAUAAUCUUCAUCCGUGACCGAAAUUCUCGUCGCCAAGAGGUAUCUGCAUACAUUGACUACACACACAGGCUUAACACAGAUGAUUUUGAAGCCUACUUCAGUGGGAAGAAAAGACUUUUCCCUCGGAACACUGAUCUGAGCUUUUACAACUGGGAUAGAAAUGUCAGCACUUUGAAUUCCAGCCCAAAUUACCAGGUGAUUGCAGAAAAUUCCCGUGGACUACUCUUCAAGCACAAAAGUGACAGGAGAAUAAUAAAUGUGGAUCCCAAGGCGUACCCAGGAGACAACACAACACGGACACCCAUUGAAACAGAUCUCUAUCUCCAUGUUGUUAUCUAUGACCACAUCAUCAGAAGAGGAACUUAA